AUAUCGCUGGCUUUCUUCUUCAUGCUCGCGCAGCCCAAGUAUUACGCUGCUUUACGUGCGGAGAUAGAUGCAGUGUUUCCCGAUAGGCGCGGACACCUCGAUCCCGUGAAAUUGGGUGGGCUAAAGUUCCUCAAUGCGGUGCUCAACGAAGCGCUCCGCCUCGGCUCGCCUUAUUUCAUCCCGAGAGUCGUACCCCCUGGCGGCGCCACCAUCGACAGGACUUUUAUCCCGGAAGGGACCAUUGUAGCGCUUGCGGCGUAUUCGCAGCAAGUCAGCCCUGAUAAUUAUUGGCCGGAUCCAUUGCGCUGGAUGCUGGGUGGCCUAGGGCCAACCUCAAAGACAGAGAAGACGGCGUUGUUCUCGUUUACUUCAGGUCCGCACAUCUGCAUCGCAAAGGCGUUUGCAUAUCAGGAGAUGCGCCUAGUGGUCACUCGUCUGGUUCUCAACUACAAUAUGCAGCUAGCCGACGGAUUCGAUGCACGCGCUUUUCGCGACGGCAUCUUGAACAUGCGUACGACGAUUUUGAAGAAGCCACUCCUUGUCCAGGCAACUCGUCGUCAGGCAGCAGACAUGUCAAGUCCGUAA